AAUCGAUUGAUUUAAUUAAAACGUAUUAAAUAUUAUGUCAUUUUUAGGGUAUAAAAACAUGUGGAAAAUUAAAAGGAUUAUCAGUUUUCAAUAACUUCAAUUAAAUAUGAAGUGUCACGUUUUUGCUGUACUCCUGGUCUUCCUGAAUUUCGCCGCAAUCUGGCCAGUUGAAGCACAUGCAAACGAUGAUUUCCUCAGAGCUCUUAUAGUAAAUCUUGAGAGGGAAAAACUAUUAAAGAUUAAAGAGAAAUAUCAGUUAUAUGAUGAUGGAUUACCCGGUGGUUAUGGAGGCCUAAACGGUUAUGGCGGCCUAGGUGUGGGAGGCGUAAUUUCACCAUAUGCAUCCGUACAAACUGCAAUAUAUAGACCUCCACAAGUUGGCUGUAGACUUACAUAUGGUCAACGAAUUUGCCCUCCAUAUUACUGAAAAAUUUUCUGAUAUUGAUGACGAUAUUUGAGAAGUAUGUUAUUGAAAUAAAUAUUUUAUUCAAC